GGCAGCGGCGCGUUUCCGCGCGCCAGGGCGGCCCCGGCCCCGGCCGGCUCUGGCGGGGGCAGCCUGCGCCCCGCGUCCCCGGGAAGUUGUCUCCGGAGCCCGCGGCCCCUGGGUCUCCUCCCCCUGAGCCCCGCCCCCCAGCCCUGAGCUGGGAUCCUCCAGCCGCCCGGCCCGGGGGCGUCGCCGCUCUUUCCGCCGCGCCUGCGAGUCUGCUCUCCUGCGUGCACCGCGCGUGCCCUGCCUGCCGGGGACCCCCGCGCACCCCCGAGACCGCGCGCGCCCAGAGCGCGGGAGCCCGGGGCGACGGGCGCCUGGGACCCCGCGGAGCCGGGGCGCAGCCCACGGGGCUCGGCAGAGAUGCAGGCUGCGCUGUGAGCUCAGGCGCGAAGGCCAUGUCCGGCGCCCGCUGCCGGACCCUGUACCCCUUCUCCGGGGAGCGGCACGGCCAGGGGCUCCGCUUCACCGCAGGCGAGCUGAUCACGCUGCUGCAGGUCCCGGACGGCGGCUGGUGGGAAGGGGAAAAGGAGGACGGGCUCCGCGGCUGGUUCCCGGCGAGCUACGUGCAGUUGCUGGAGAAGCCUGGAAUGGUCCCCCCUCCACCAGGAGAGGAAAGCCAGACCGUCAUCCUCCCACCUGGCUGGCAAAGCUACUUGUCUCCUCAAGGCCGGCGUUACUAUGUCAACACGACCACCAAUGAGACCACCUGGGAACGCCCCAGCAGUUCUCCUGGGAUUUCAGCCAGCCCUGGCCCUCACAGGAGCUCUCUGCCUCCAACAGUGAAUGGAUACCACGCAUCAGGGACCCCAGCGCACCCUCCAGAGACUGCCCACAUGAGUCUCCGAAAAUCCACCGGUGAUUCCCAGAACCUGGGAUCCUCCUCACCAGGCAAAAAGCAGAGCAAGGAAAACACCAUCACAAUAAACUGUGUGACGUUCCCUCACCCAGACACAAUGCCUGAACAGCAGCUGCUGAAGCCAACAGAGUGGAGCUACUGCGACUAUUUUUGGGCGGAUAAGAAGGACCCCCAGGGCAACGGCACCGUGGCUGGGUUUGAACUGCUGCUCCAGAAGCAACUGAAAGGCAAACAGAUGCAGAAAGAAAUGUCCGAAUUCAUCCGGGAAAGGAUAAAGAUUGAAGAAGAAUAUGCGAAGAACUUAGCUAAGCUCUCUCAGAACUCCCUGGCCGCACAGGAGGAAGGCUCCUUGGGAGAAGCGUGGGCCCAGGUGAAGAAGAGCCUUGCAGAUGAAGCAGAAGUUCACCUCAAGUUCUCUGCCAAGCUCCACAGCGAGGUAGAGAAGCCCCUGAUGAACUUCCGGGAGAACUUCAAGAAAGACAUGAAAAAGUGUGACCACCACAUCGCUGACCUCCGAAAGCAGCUUGCCAGCCGCUAUGCCUCAGUGGAGAAGGCCCGGAAAGCCCUCACCGAGCGGCAGAGAGACUUGGAGAUGAAAACCCAGCAGCUGGAGAUCAAGCUGAGCAACAAGACAGAAGAGGACAUCAAGAAGGCACGGAGGAAGUCCACACAGGCUGGAGAUGACCUCAUGCGCUGUGUGGACCUCUACAACCAGGCCCAGUCCAAGUGGUUUGAAGAGAUGGUGACCACCACGUUGGAGCUGGAGCGGCUGGAGGUGGAGAGGGUAGAGAUGAUCCGGCAGCAUCUGUGCCAGUACACACAGCUGCGGCACGAGACCGACAUGUUCAACCAAAGCACAGUCGAGCCUGUGGACCAACUGCUACGAAAAGUGGACCCGGCCAAAGACAGGGAGCUGUGGGUCAGAGAGCACAAAACAGGCAACAUUCGCCCUGUGGACAUGGAGAUCUAGCCGCAUCUAGGUGGCCUGGGGGUCCUGCCCAAGAGAGGGGCUGGGGUCCCGCAGAGACGGGGUGGAGGCUCCCACUGGGUGGAGCUGCCCUCCCACCCACUCUCCCGGUCCACUGAGGAGAGGGGGAAAGCUGGUGGUUCCAGAAGGGCGACCUAGACAGCCCAGCUGGGGUUUCCCCAGUAUUCCCCAACCAAGACGACUUUGGACCCUCAACCCUGCCCUUGUCUCUGAGCUCCCCAACUCCCAUGCUGUGCUUGUUGCUCUGAGAACAAACUGAGGCUGGAACUUCGUGGUCCCUGCUGAACCCCAUGGGGUGACUGUGUUCCUGGAUGCCAUCCUCCAGCUGCCCCACCUUGUCUCCAAGGCUUUGGAAUACCAGGAGAGGGAGGUGUCUGUGUCUAAGCCAGCAUCAGGGUCAGAAUUGUGGAUAGAAGGUGCCGUUCACCUCACAGCCCUCACCCAGAAUCCUUUGCAGCCCUCCUUCCCAGUUCUUUCCAGUUGCAUUCUGGGAACCCGUAUCUGAAUUUCUUGACCACUUUUCAUCCCCAGUGGGCUUGGGAAGAAGGCUUGGCUUCUCUCUUCCCAGACCAACCCUGCCUGGAGAGGUCAGGAUGGAACUACCUCAUUUGGCAAAUUAGCCCCAAGUUGGAGUAUUAAAUCAUGGCUCCUACCAGAUCAGGCAUUAUCUGUAAAAUCUCCCCAGGAACCCCCUCCCUCUCUACCCCUCCCUCUGCUGCCUUCUCAAGGAAAUCCCCUGCCCCGACACUGCUACCCCAUCCCAGUCUCAGUAGAGGAAGUUUUCCAAAGUUCUUAGCCAGCAGCAUCUCGCCCAGCUGUGUUCAUUGUGUCCACGGAAACAAGCCAGCUCAUCUCAGAAACCAGCCAGCCACAGGAAACCAGCAGGGUCUGUCUGCCCACCGCCUUUGCAUCAUUGAGCUGACCAUCCAUGGGGCUGGGAAAGUCCCACCUGGGAGACAGGUUGGGCCAAGUCUGGGCCAUCUCCAUAUGUUCUGUCUGCCUGUGCACAAUGGGGUCAAGGCUGCUGGCCCUUGUUCAGGCACUGAAAACUUGCCCAUGGCUGCAGUGAGUCAUUAACAUCUAGGCAGUAUCGAAGCGACGAGCCUCACUGGGUACCAGCACCUCCCUUCCAUCUGCCCAUCUUCCCUGGAGAAGCCUGAGCAAGAGGGACCUCAGAAGUCCUCAGCACUGCCAUUGGGUCCAGUGUUUCACUUCUUCCCUUCCUCUGUGACAACAAGUGUGUUCUUGGCCAUGGUAAUCUAGAGAAUCUAUCUGACAGGGACGGGUGUGGGGGGACUAGAAGUCACAUAGUGACAACAGAUUCUAGCUGGGAGCCUGAGCCCUAGCACCCAGCUUCCCUCAUCUUUCCCAUUGCUGACUUUGCAUUUGACCAUGCAUCUCCCACAAAGGCUGAAUCCGAUGAGCACAGCUCACUGAUCUUCCCUCCAUGUCUCAUGCUAGUAACGGAUGCCUUCUAGUUCUUAGAUCUUUGGCACCUCUUGUAGUUUAUAUCAGAAAGAUGUCUAACAUACUAAAGCAAAUGAAACUGUCGUUUCUCUUAUUGAAACAUUCCAACCCCAAAGGCCAGUGUUAACGUGUCCACCAGUACGAAGGUUGGGGGCUGUCCAUGUGAGGGAGGAGCAGCAUCCGUGGAGAAGAAUCUGGACUUGCUCCUUCCAGAUCUGGGCUAGGGCUAUGAUACCAGCUACGAAUUUUAGGAUACUAUUUCUUGGUUUCUUUUUAAAAAACGGGUGCUAGUGGUAGUUGCUUUGUGGCUUAGUAAACUAGUUUGUGGAUGAUUUUCACUCAUUCAAAGCCAACAGCCUUGUAAUUAACAGAUAGUUUGAGUGCAAUAUGAGUUACUGACAUCUUCUCUUUCCCAUGUGCAGGCUCCUGAGUCCUCUGACCCUGGGAUGGAGUGAGCUCUUGCCCCUUCUAGGGUAACCCGAAUUGGCCCAUUUUCAGAAGUCCUUUCCACCUUGUCCCCUUACCCUUACCUCUUCAGCUCAUUCACAUACACCUCUUCUUUUUUCUUCCUCUCUCAGUUCUAUCAUCAAACAUUUAGUUAAGGUCAAGCAAUGUGUCAAGAUCUAAUCUGACAUCGAGAUACAGCUCUGCCAUGGAGAAGUCUGUGAGCUUGUUUGGUGUAGAUUUAUCUUUCCCCAGUGGCCUGGCAGCUGGCCUUGACAGAAAAGUACUCUACAGAUUGAGAUGUGCAGAGGUACCGUCUGUUGUGCUGAUUAAUCUGCAUUCACUCACUCAUCACGCUGGGUGGUAGAACUGUAGUUGCGUGUAAGAUGAACACUGUCUCUGUCCCCUGCUCUCCCCGUGGACAGGGGAAUGUUUAGAGCUUUCUAGAGAGGAAGAACAUCACUCACUCCACAUCUACCCAGUGGGAUUCUUUAAUUAUAAACUACUGCCAUGAGCUAUUUAUCUAGUGGGUGGAAGGUUGGCAGCACCAUGAUUUUAAUCACCUACUCACCAGACCCUCACGGCCCAGAUCCAGCUCUGAUUUCACAGAUUUCCUUGGUUGGCUGUAACUAACUCUCCUUGCUGUACAAAUAGGAGGGAUGAAGCCCAAGCAUAGCCAGCGAGUGCUGGAGAACGACAUGGGGAGUCAUCCAAGCCCCUAUCCCUAUGAACAGGACCCCUCCAGCCAUGGGUAGAAUCAAGAUUAGGAGGAAGUCUAGAAAAUCUAAAAUGUACUUUGGAGUAAGAAGCACACUGUCUGUGUGGUCAUUGUCUUUGUUUUUAAGGUGCUGGGAGUAGAACCCAGGCCUCAUGUAUGCAGGCAAGCGCUCUACCACUGAGCUGCACCCCUGGCCCUGUUCGCAUGGUUUUGUGUUUGUCUUGGUGCUUAGGUUAUGAGAUGAUCUGGCUGGGUUUAUUCAGGGCGAGUAAACAGCUGUUGUUUGGUUUCUGAGACCAGCUUAGCCCCCUACCUGCUGCCACCUGGGAGACCUGAUACACUUAGGUUUGUCUGUGAAAGCCUGGUUUUUUGUUUGUUUUGUUUUUGUUUUUGUGGUACUGGGGAUUGAUCAGAGGCCUCACUCAUGCUAGGCAAGUGCUCUACCAGUUAGGUACAUCCUUACCCCAAAAACUUGUUUUAAAAAAAUCUCUAAGAUGAAUGGUGUUCACAGUGAGUUCGUUGCCAUGACAGCCUCUAGGAAGAGCCACCUGUCACCCUUAGUUUUAUUUUUUUCUUCUCCCUGUUUUGGGCAGUACUGCAAUGCGUGUAUCAUGUGAGCCAUGUGUAACAUGGCCCCGAGGCUCUGUCAGUGGAACCACAGGGGUCCCCUUCCUGGUUCCACUCCAUGGCCUGUUCACCUUGGGGGAUUUCUGUGGUAGGGGGGACUUCUCUGCUCGCAGGGCUGACUAAUGGCCAAAACAAACGGAAACUAUGUGAAUUCAUGACCAGGGAUUUGUUUCUGUUCCCUUUGAGAAAACCAACCAAUUGCUAGAUUAGUGGAUGGCUGCAUAAAAAUCUUGGCUGAGCCAGAGUCCCUUGGAAAUACAAGCCAUAAAAUUCAAAGGACAUCAAAGACCAUGGCUUCUUUAAGGGAUUUUACUCCCAGCUUUGAGUACCCGAGACACAGUACUUUUAAGACCUGCUCAUUAUUCUGUAGGUAGAAGAAAGCACUUUACAAAUCUCAGAUGGGGGGCAGAGCAACAGCCUGUCAUUCUCAUAGUCCUUCCCACCUCUGCACAACUCAUAGCUACCUUCUUUCAAGAUGGUGGGGUGUAACUGACAUACUCGAUUGCGUAUUGCAAAUUUUGACAAACUCAUGUUCUUGUAACUAUCACCAAAAUCCAACAAGAUUUCCAUGACUUAAAAAAAAAAACCGUUCAUAUCCACUCCAUUAUGGUCUGUUUUUUCUUCCCACCUCCUGACCAAGCAAGCUUGAUAAAUGCUCUGACCCUAUAGUUUUGUCUUUUCUAGAAUGUCCUGUAAGUGAAGUCACACUGCUGUAGCCUUUUGAGCGGCCCAGGAUGUUGUGUAUAACAGUAGCACACCCUUUGCAUUGCUAAAUAAUAUUCCAUUGCAUCAGACGGGCCACACUAUUUUUAAAGUGAAUCAUUGGCCCUGGAAGUUCAAGGCCUGGGAUCUUCAUCUUAUUUGCAUAAUAGCCCACUGCUUCUUACAGCUUCCAGGGCUCUUCUCUGAAUGCCUCUUGUGCCCACAAGUGGUUCUUGGGAUUUACACUCACCUUUUUGGUCCAUGAUAGGUUUUCUCCAGUACAGCACGCAGCCAGAGCUUGGAGGGACAGUGGUAGACAGGGUCGUAGCUACCUUCCAGAUGUGCAGUCUGAAGCCUGCAUCCCAACUAGAAGACCUGUGCCCUCCUGUAUCUCGCUGCAGUGCCUGUGCUCCCAGCAUUUGCCACUCAGUGUGUUGGGCCAUGAGGGCCGAGUGGAAGGCACAUGGUAAGAGGCUGGCGCCGGUCCUGGGCCACAUCAUGCUCUCUCCCUGGCCCAGUGGCUUCCUGUGCCAGCUGAGGAUACUUGUUCUGGAUGGUGUCCGGGGCUUCUCACUGCUGUGUUCUGCCGCCUCCCCAUCUUGUUUCCCGGUCUGUACCCCACACACGCGGUUGUGCCUGAUCUGGAUGUCACCUGCACAUUUGUGCACAAAGUUGUCUAAAACCCUGGUGAGGUUGGCUUCUCCUUUCAGGCUGAAAGGGAACUGCAGAAUUUUGUGAGCUAAGAAUGAGACAGUUCCUCCUAGGACCCCCAUAGGAACUGUAAGUUGUUACUUUUGGGUCUGUCCCCAGGAGCCAGGACAGGCGUCCAGAUGCAGUCACCUCGGUCAAAUCCUAGUUGUUGCUGGGCCUUGCUCGGCUGGUGGUCACUGAGCCUGGCUGUGCCCAUACCCACCUAAGUGGUAGCAGAUGGCGGCAGGCAUAGGACCAAACCCAGCCAAGCCCAGGCCAGGUUGUGGGUUACCCCAAGGUCCUCCAAGCUAUGUCUCCAUCACGUUCCGCUCAGUGAAAGGCAACUGGAAGUCCCCCUGAGUGAACUGGGGACCUUCCUGGGUUGAGGCCAGAUGAAGGUCAGGGUGGGACCCCAGAGCCCACAGGGUCGCGAGGUGGGAUGCCCAGGCCACUGCAACUCAAGGGUUGGAUGCUACCAGGGAGUACUCCGUGUCCCCAGUGGGCCAGGCGCAUCAUUUCUGUUGGGACUUUGCUAAAGGCGAGGGCCCACCUGCUGCUUGAGUUGCUUGGGGUAGAAAGAACAGGUUGAUUCCCCCGCUUCUGGGUGCUGAGUGUGGUUCUGUCAGGAGAGGCUGGGGAGUGUCUUGGGUGGGUGUCCUUUGGAUACUCUGAGUGAUGUUGGGGGAGAAUUUAUAAUUGAACUACAAUGGAGGAAUGUGAAGGCCAAGGACCCCCGGUAUCCUCACAGGGAUAGUGUGACAUGGAGAUGGAGAAGAAAAGCCUGUGGUACUAGAGGAAGAGCAAGACUGGUCCCUCCCUGCUGCCUCAUGUGUCCUGUACCCUAAAACCAGACCUGCACCUGGACCUUUGUGUGCUCCGCUCUUAAGUGGGGCACUUCCCUCCCUGCACCUCCCUUGGCAGACAGUCUCUCCAGCAUUGUGGCUUUCAGGCAGCAGUGUGGAAGACCCAAGGGCAGACGUUCCAAGGGACACCAGCCAUCCUGGAUGACAAGGGCCCCAAAUCUGCAUCCCUCCCCUUCCCUUAAGGAGAUGACCAGAGGCAUCCCCUUCAUGGACACGAGCACAUCAGCAAGCCCUAUGAAAGUGGGAUUUUCUAACAAAAUAAACUUGCUUGUUUGGUCUGUUUUCUGUAACUUUUGCUAAAUACUUUAUACAUUUUUAAUGUUACAAAGCUGUGUCUCCUGCCAGCAUUCCUCACUCCGGUAUGAAUGUGUUUACUCCACAUUGUAUAUCCUUCCCUCCUCUGGCUGCCUAGAUCAGUAAAUAAAAUCGAUGUAAUAUAAUUUAUAAGUAACACUGUUGAAAAUCUGAUCCCCGUGGAAGAUGUAACCUGCCCCCCAUCCCCAUAAUAGUAUUCGUGUGUAUUAAUGCUGAAGAAUUAAAUGUUUCAAGAGUUUAAAUUUU